AUGAACAAAGAGAAAGAAUUCUUUUUUGAUGCCAAUGGCAAUCCUCCAGCUGUGUAUGAUAUCUUAAACUGGCAGGCAACUGAUGAGAGCUACUUCCAGCAAGUGAAGGUGGGCCAAUAUGAUUUUGCUGCCUUGCCAGGUCAGGAAUUUGUGAUUAACAAGACAAAUAUCAUAUGGAAAACCCAUGAUGGACAGAUUCCUGUAUCAAUCUGCAGUAAGAGUUGUCAACCAGGAUACAAACAAAUAAUGCAGAAAGGAAAGCCUAGCUGUUGCUUUGACUGUGUUCCCUGUGCAGAUGGGUGGUUUACAAACAAAAGUGAUUCAGCUUCGUGCCUGACAUGUGCAGAUGAUGAAUGGACUGACGAAAAGCAUGAUCGAUGCAUAAAGAAGCAUAUUGAGUUCCUCUCAUAUGAAGAGCCCUUGGGUGCUGCAUUAUCUGCUGCAACCAUUAUAAGUGCGCUGCUCCCUACUGGUAUCUUAGUUACUUUUAUCAGAUACAGAGAUACAACGAUUGUUAAAGUCAACAACCGUGAAAUCAGCUACAUCCUCCUUUUAGCUCUCAUUAUGUGCGCUCUUUGUUCAUUCAUCUUCAUUGGACGCCCAACGCAAAUGACAUGCAUGCUUGGACAGCAAACCUUUGCUAUAGUCUUUGCUUUGUGUAUCUCCUGUGUGUUGGCCAAAACAACAGUUGUGGUUAUUGCCUUUAAAGCUAUAAAACCAAACAGCAGGCUAAAGAAGUUUGUUGGUGUUGGUUCAGUUCUACCCAGCACCAUAGUCUUAAUAUGCACUUUCAUUCAAGUCAUAAUUUCUGUCACAUGGCUUGGUAUUGCUCCUCCUUUUGUAGAAAGUAAUAUGAAAUUACAGAAAGAAAAAAUUAUACUUCAGUGUACUGAUGGCUCAGGUGUUGUAUUCUGGUGCAUUCUGGGAUACAUGGGGAUUCUUGCCAGUAUAAGCUUUGUAUUAGCCUUUUUGUCUAGAAACCUUCCAGACAGUUUUAGUGAGACUAAGUACAUCACCUUCAGUAUGAUUGCGUUUGGCAGUGUGUGGCUGUCAUUCAUCCCUGCCUACCUUAGCACACAGGGAAAGUACAUGGCUACAGUUGAGAUAUUUGCCAUACUAUCAUCUAGUAAUGGUCUUCUUGUCUGUAUAUUCAUUCCCAAAUGCUAUAUUAUCUUGCUGCGGCCAGAAAUGAAUGUUAAGGAAUAUCUCAUGGGGAAAAGGCAUGCAAAAACAAUUAAAGUAAUUUGA